AUGUCGCAUUCAGUAAAAAUUUAUGAUACAUGUAUAGGGUGUACUCAAUGUGUACGAGCCUGUCCCACAGAUGUAUUGGAAAUGAUACCUUGGAAUGGAUGUAAAGCUAAACAAAUUGCUUCUGCGCCAAGAACCGAGGACUGUGUAGGUUGUAAGAGAUGUGAAUCUGCUUGCCCAACAAAUUUUUUGAGUGUUCGUGUUUAUUUAUGGCAUGAAACAACUCGGAGCAUGGGUCUAUCUUAUUGA